ACAACCGGCAACAGUUACGUUUGACAAGUGUUUUUUCUAUUCACUCUCUCUCGCUCUCGCCAGUCACGACAGCGCUGAUCAAUUCAAUACGCUGAUCGAUCGCCGCGGCAGUUGAAUGAAUAUUAACCAGCGCGCAUAUGUCCAAUGAAUUCGCCAUUGAUUUGACCAAGUGGAUUGACAUUACACGCGGAUCAUCGCCGGAUUAAAACGCGCGCGUUUAUUAUAUCCGUACAUAUCGGAGUGAACAUAUCAGUUGACCACUGCGUCGCCUGUUGAAAAAUUCAGACGGACGUUUAUCCUUAUUACGGGAUUAAUUUCGGUUAAUUUUUUGGCUGGAAAAUUGUUUUUUAAUCGCUGGGAAAAUGGUGCGGGAUUGUAUGUGCUGCGAUCUGAUGACCGGCUGCAAAUUGGCAGCGAUAUAUACCAUCAUUAUUGGCUUGUUGGAUGCGAUUUUUAUAAUUGCCUUUAAUUUCCUUGGCCAUUUGGAUUACGCUAUGCUGCACAUCAUAACGCUAAGCGCCGCCUUCUUCCUGAUCCUGGGCGGGAUCAUCCUGUACGUGUCCAUCUACAGGCGGCAGGAAUCAGGUUUACUUGUCUAUUUGAUCAUCGCUGUGCUGUACGCGUUCAUCCGCGGCACCAUGAUCAUCAUGAGCAUCUAUUGGCUGUGCGUCUACGACAAUGACUGGGACAUUCAGAAGCCGCAUGCCGGCAUUAUUGUCCGGCUGAUAUUGCACAUCAUCGGUGUCAUCUUGGACAGUUGGGCCAUUACUUCAGUGCUGUCCCUCUUCCGCUACGUCAAACACCCGGAGCAGCUGCAGAAAAUCUAAGACGAAAGCGCGCUUAACUCGCGAGAGGGCAGCACCGUUCCUCGGCCUAUCGUAGUGAGGCUGGAUUUUUUUUAACCAAAGUCAGUGUUGGGAGAGUUGUGUGUUAUUUCUGGUCUGGGAUAGUUCUGUUCGGGACUCGGUUGAAUGCCGUGGAUUUUUACUCGAAAAAAUACUUGUUAACCAAAUACUGUACUAAACAAAAAUUAAUUGCUUUAAUCUGCAAGGAAAUUAAAUGGUUCGGGAUCAUGU